AUGGCGGCCCAGGGCGGCUUCAAAGAUCCGAUUUUAAGACCAGGUGGUCCACCAGUCAAUAUCGUGUUGCUGGGGCCGCCUGCAGGUGGUAAAGGCACUCAAGCUGGCUAUUUGGCCGAACGCUAUGGAAUGAUCCACAUCCCAAUGGGAGACCUGCUGCGAGCACGUGCCAAGUUUCUGCCCCAGCUGGCCGAGUACAUUUCUCAGGGCGAACUGGUGCCUGAUGAUGUGGUUGUCUCUGUGUUGAAGGAAAGACUGGCAGACAGCGACUGUUUCUCUCGCGGCGUUCUGCUCGAUGGCUUUCCACGAACCCGUGCGCAGGCAGAGGCCCUCAGAAAUGCUGGGGUCGACAUCUCUGCUGUGAUUCAUUUGAAGGUUGCUGAUGAGGUGGUGGUUGAUCGUAUUUCUGGUCGACGAAUUGAUCCUUUGAGUGGCAAGAUUUACCAUGUCAAGGACAGUCCACCACCACCUGACAUCCAGGAUCGUGUCAUCCAACGAGAAGACGAUACACCCGAGACGAUUCGCCGAAGGUUGGUGACCUACCACCAGGAGCGCGAUGCUAUCUUGGACUUCUGUGGAGAUCGGGUGCGAACCAUUCACGUGGGCGACGGGUCUCCAGCUGCGCUCCCUGCAGAUGUGCGGUCCAUGUUGGUCUUCGAUGAAGUUCGGAAGGCUGUGGAAGGCGACACCUAUUGGGGCUCAGUGAUCCGCUCUGAGCUUAUCGCCAAGGUACCCGUGGUCAUGGUUUUUGGCGGCUGCAUGGGCGCCAUUGUUGCGAUGGAGAUCGUUUUGAAAGGGGAUCCAAAGUCUGGGAACUUGCUGACCUUAACAGCAGUUCUCAUGGUCCUGUUCCAGAGCAUCCCAGGGCGCUUGACCCGCAGUGGUCUCAAACCAUUGGCAGCACCACUGCUAAGCCAUGCAAAAUUUGCGAUACUUUGGGUGUCGAUGUCAGUAUUGGCGAAUUAUGCCUUUGCGUACAAGAUCAGUGUCGCCAUUUUUACCUUGAUUCGCUCCUGCAACAUCAUUGCCACUGUCUUGCUGGGUUUCCUGGUCUUCAGCCAGCGCUUUUCAUUGGAGCAGCUUGCUUGCGUUUGCGCAGUCACCAUUGGCAUUUUCCUUGCAUCGAUGGGGGAGUUGAAAACUCUGAAGGACUGUGGUAGCGGACAAUGUCAAGCAGAGCCCAGUGAAGCAAUGGAUUCUGCGGUGGACGUGGGAACCUGGCUGAUUGGCAUCGGGAUGUUGGCCUUUGUACAGCUGUUGCAAGGCUUUUUGGGCCAUGUGCAGUCGACAUACUACCGCAUCUACAAGGAUUUGGCUCCAAAGAACGAGCUGUGCGAUGAGUUUCUCUUUACUUCUCACGUCAUAGCAUUGCUGCCCCUGUUCUUUCUGAAGGAUGACAUCAUGGCAGCUGCGGAAUCAGCAUGGCUCUCUGAGCCACUUCCCCUGGUACCCGUGCCAUCUAGAGUGGCGUGGCUGCUGGUCAACAACGUCUCGCAGACUAUUUGCCUCAAAGGCGUCUUCCGAACAUCAGCCACAGUUUCCCCACUGGCCCUGACCAUCAUCCUCUCCGUGCGGAAGUUCUUGUCUGUGGUGGUGUCAAUUAUGUUAUUCAGUAAUCCCUGGACCAUACAGCACAGCUUCGCCACUGUUCUGAUUUUUGGAGGCGCCUUCGCCUAUUCGCAAGCUCCAGAUGUCAAGGCAGGACCGCCAGAUCAUAACCUGAGGUUGACAAGGAGGUCAAGUCUGAGUGAGCUUGGUCAGCUGAGAUCAAGCCAGCCCGCGCUGCGGCCAAACAGCCGCGCUGCGAAAGCUUUUGAGUGUGGCACAUCCUCUACAACUUUGGUCAGUGCCGCGCGCUUCUUCCAGCAUUCGCGCUACAGGCUCAUCCAGAAUGGAUGCCUAGCGGAUGCCGCUGCCUGUGGUCGAGUGCUGCUACGGUCACAGGUGCUGCAAUUGCAGGGCAACCUGAAACCCUUAGUGGAGUAUGAACUGCGAACCUGGCUCCAACAGGUUGAGAGCUCUUCGGUGAUGGUUGGCCACAGCAUCUCCCAAAAGUUGGACGGCGACAUUGUGGAUGUGGCUCACGGCUUUGCGACCUUGGUCUUCGUGGAUGCCCAUGGCUGCUCCAUGGAAGUUCCCAACUGCCAACAGUUGAAGGAGCUGGCAAUGCCUUUAGCAGCAUCCAACGCGCUAGCAACAGAGCAACUGCCGCUGCAGCCCAGUGGCCCCAGUGGCCCCAAGGUGAUUGCUGAGCGGAUCGGCACGGUACCCAGCAACUGCUGGCAUCACCACAGCUACGUGGCGGCGGUGGAUUUGGAUAUGGAUGGAAGGCUCCAUGAGGCAGCUUGCUUGGCGCAUAUGGACCGCUGGCGUUUCUGGGCUGCCAAGAGCAAUGGCUACCCACCUGAGCUGAAAGACCGAAUCCUUCACGCCAGAGCAUCGCAAGCUUUCGUCUCCUACUUGGGCUUCGUUGGUGCUGGUGAUAACAUCCACGUAAGAUCCUGGAUUCCGGAGGAGGCUUCCAAGGAUGGCACGUUACUGGUCGCCUUUGAAGUUCAAGGAGGAAGGGAAGACCGUCCCAAGGCCCUGCUGCUGAGGGGCUGCAUGGUCUUGAGCCUGAUGAGCCAGGACCUGCAGGAACAGACCGCCAUCAUUUGCGACGAGCGGGAUGUGGCGCGGAAGCACGAGGAGGAACUCUUCUACGUGAUCCGACGAAAAGAUGAGGAGCUCUUGCGAGCGCGCGCUGUGUUGGCGGACCUUUCGCAGCUGGUGGAGGAGGGUCAACUUGCCGAUGAAGCUGCAGAGCUCUUAGGGAACGUCGCGGGAAUGGAGUAUGACGAGCUGUAUGAUCGUUGCUCGCAGCUGGAGGAUGGGUGCAGUUUUGAUGCUAUUGGCAGCUACAUCAGCCAGCAAGCUAGAUGA